UAUGGCUCGCCGCCGGUUCGCCGGCGGCCGGCGGCUCUAAUCGCGGAGGGGAGCCGCGGCGGAGCGGCUGGCGACUGGAGGUUUCUCUGAAGCUUCAUGUUCAAGAUGAAGUUUUUAUUAGUGGUUUUAUUUUUCAUCUCAUUCUCCUUAUGGGUUGAAGAAGUCUGUUCCAAAGAGAAGUCUUCAAAGAAAGGAAAGGGGAAAAAGAAGCAGUAUCUGUGUCCAUCCCAGCAAUCAGCUGAAGACCUUGCAAGGGUACCAGCUAAUUCUACCAGCAAUAUCUUGAAUAGACUAUUGCUCAGUUACGAUCCCAGGAUAAGGCCUAAUUUCAAAGGAAUUCCAGUCGAUGUUGCAGUCAACAUCUUCAUUAACAGCUUUGGGUCAAUUCAAGAGACAACUAUGGAUUAUAGAGUCAACAUCUUUCUAAGACAGAAGUGGAAUGACCCCAGACUCAAACUUCCCAAUGACUGGAGGGGUUCAGACACACUGACAGUGGACCCAACUAUGUUUAAAUGUCUUUGGAAGCCAGACUUAUUCUUUGCAAAUGAAAAAAAUGCUAACUUCCAUGAUGUCACACAAGAAAAUAUCCUUCUUUUUAUAUUUCGGGAUGGAGAUGUCCUAGUGAGCAUGAGAUUGUCUAUUACGCUGUCAUGCCCUUUGGACUUGACCUUGUUCCCUAUGGAUACGCAGCGCUGCAAGAUGCAAUUGGAAAGCUUUGGUUACACAACUGAUGACUUACGGUUUAUCUGGCAGUCUGGAGAUCCUGUACAGCUAGAGAAAAUUGCUCUGCCUCAGUUUGAUAUUAAAAAGGAGGAUAUCGAAUAUGGUAACUGUACCAAGUAUUAUAAAGGCACAGGUUAUUACACUUGUGUAGAAGUAAUCUUCACUUUAAGAAGACAAGUUGGAUUUUACAUGAUGGGUGUUUAUGCUCCUACACUGCUAAUUGUUGUUCUAUCCUGGCUGUCCUUUUGGAUCAAUCCUGAUGCAAGUGCUGCAAGAGUCCCGCUGGGUAUUUUCUCAGUGCUCAGUUUGGCAUCUGAAUGUACCACUCUUGCUGCUGAACUUCCCAAAGUGUCUUAUGUGAAGGCCUUAGAUGUCUGGCUGAUUGUUUGCCUUCUCUUUGGGUUUGCAUCCCUGGUGGAGUAUGCAGUGGUUCAGGUAAUGCUAAACAAUCCAAAGAGAAUUGAAGCUGAAAAAGCAAAGAUUGCUAAGGCAGAACAAGCGGAAGGGAAGGGUGGAAAUGCUGCCAAGAAGAACACUGUGAAUGGCACAGGGACUCCUGUCCACAUCAGCACUUUACAGGUUGGUGAGACCAGAUGCAAAAAAGUUUGCACUUCAAAAUCUGAUUUGAGAUCCAAUGAUUUCAGCAUCGUUGGAAGCUUGCCAAGGGAUUUUGAAUUGUCUAAUUAUGACUGUUAUGGGAAGCCCAUAGAAGUCAACAAUGGGCUUGGGAAAUCUCAAGCCAAGAACAACAAGAAACCUCCUCCUCCCAAGCCUGUCAUUCCAUCAGCAGCAAAGAGGAUCGAUCUUUAUGCAAGAGCACUAUUCCCUUUUUGCUUCUUGUUCUUCAACGUCAUAUACUGGUCCAUAUAUUUAUGAUGAUUCUUUUUUUUUCAUAUGUGUAAAAUAUAUCCCAUUUCAUUAUUGCAGUCGUGAAGGCCACUGUGUGAAAUUAUUUGCAUUUGCAAAGCAAUAUGUUUUAUUUUGAUGCCAUGUGAUUGUACUGAACUUAUGGCAUCUGAAAUUUGAAUGAAAGCAUGACACUUGCAAUGUCUGUGCUCUGACCAACCUUGUAUAUAAAUGUACAGCAUACAUCCUGCUUUAGGAAUAUAUAUGAAGGACAAUGCAUACUACAUUAUAAAGCUGAAUAAUGCUCUACAGUUAUUAGUAACAUACAAAGAUUUAAAGUGUUUCUGGCAAUGAAACUGAUGUGCACGUUGAGUAUUAUUAAAGUCAGUAUUCUAGUAUAUGUAGUAUUUAACAGCUUUUCUGCUGACUUACAGAGGAAAAAAAAAAAACCCACACCAAACAUCUUGUUCUUGUAUAAUUUUAGAUGGCACUGUUGAAGAAAAAGCUAAGAUGUAAUUCAUAUUAUUUAGACUUUGUAAAUGAAAGCAGCAUUGAACAAGCUCAUCUUGUCUAUGCGAAAAACAAAGAUCAGAGGAUUACUAAUUUUGUAAAAUCCGCUCAUUUAGGAAAAAACCCCAACAAUUGUGUCCAUCAAGCAGGCACACUUAAGUGUGUGAGAAUAUGCUGACAAUAAAACACUGGGCCAAAUUUUGACUGCUGGCACAAAUGAGAUACAAUGUGUCAAAAACAAAAAGACCACUUUCUACAAUAAAGGUAUCAGGAGUUUUUGAGAAACAUCACAAGUUGCAGUUCAGUAUCAGCUUAUGUUACCCUUUUUUACAUUAUUCUGUCCUCUGGCUCAUCUUCUGUAGCGUCUGACAAGCCUGCAGUAUGUAAGUCACACAUUUUUUUUGGUGCAUUGGAUGCAUCUUACUCAUUUUUGUUUUAUUCAUCCCCUUGAAAGUUUUUGGUUUAAACGAAGCAGUUAGGAUGAAAUCCCACUUCUACUGGUAGUUAUACUUUUUUUGUUUGCCUGUUGUAGCACCAAUGACCAAAGUUAACACCUAGCCACCAGUAGAAGUGAAGAUGUUCUGGAAAGUCUAAGGAGCUGAAGCUCUUAAAUAUAUCGUAAGACCUUGUGCCUAUGUUUUAAUUAGUGGCUGCCCUCACCAGCUCAUUGAUUUGGCAGCUACAUUUUGGAGAAUAAGGUCUUAUGCAUGAGACAGUUCUGAUAGGAGACUGCUCUCCAUAAUCCAGAGGAAACCCUAUGACAUGGAGACUACUAAAAAUUUUCUCCAUGGGGUGCUUGGGGCAGGACUUGUGGUCUCCUGUGGGUGCCAGGGUACAUCCCUUCAUAAGGGCAAGUCAUGAGGUGAAACGUUGCCAAAAGAAAGCUGCUUGUGUGUAGGCAUCUGCGUAGCGUGUGUUCUCGGGAACACAUUGGGACUCGGCCUCAGACCUGGAGAGUGUGCUGUAGAAAAACAUGUCUCUGCUUGUAAAGCUGGAGCACCACAGUCAGUUAAAUAUUAAAAUAAGACAGUUCUCAUUAGCUUGGCAAUUCAUAACAAGAAAUAUGGAUUAUUGGCUCCUCACAGGCUAGGAAGGGACUAAAUUAAAGUUAUGAAGCUUCCCAUAGCACAGAAACGGUUACAAUCCCACUCACUGUGCUACAUUUCUAGCUCAUCCAGGAUGUGUUGAGCCAGUGCAGGCCACAGGUGCACUGUUGGAUCACUUGGCUAUUGCCCACCAUGUGAGUGUUGUCCAUGUCACGUCCAGCCAGCACAACCAAGAGGUCAAAAGUAGGAACAGGAAAAAAACAUCAAAGCCCGCCAUGCUGACUUUGCUGGGUACCUGGGAUUUUUUCAGACCACUGCCACUUUCCAUUCAGCAGCUUGGUUGAUUACAAUUCAUGUGUGGGUUGAAGAGAUCUGCUCUUCAGAAUAAGGUCAGGUGAUUUGUGCCAGCCUCCUGGCCACUUUCACAUGGCAAUUUCAGGGAGCCACUUUCCCAGGAAGUCAGAGUUUGUCCUUUGGAUUUACUUCUGGUCUAAGGAAAUGGAAGGGAAAUCCCAGAUGUUUCUAAACCAUGUUGAAUGGGGUCUUUUAAGGUCUAGUUCAACAUUUUUAUAUUUCUGUCUGUUGAAGGUAUUUACAGAGUUGUCAGAGACUCUAAGAAGCAAUAAGGAUAAGUCAAAGAGAGGAAGGAAGGGAGGAGUGAUUUUUCUACAUACAAUCAAAGUGCUAUAUUUAUAGACAUUAUUUUUUCUCAUACUUGUACUUUUUCUUACAGUACUGGAAGGCAAGAAAAAAUUACCCUGUGCUGGAAAUCAUAUGAAUUUUUGAAGAUAAUUUUCUUGUUAGAACUCUUAUUAAAUGAUUUAUCUGUAAUUAAUGUCCACAUCCUAUCUGUAUAAUCUCAAUUAUAGAUUUUAUUGUUAAAUUAA